GUGACGUGCUAUCGGCGCGCCCGCAUUCUUUCCGCGAGGAUUCCAUUGCGCUCUCAUGGGGAAGAAGACUCGGGCGGUGUCCGGCAGGAGGCCUAUUCUCCGCCUCUCCCCGCCGGGCCCCCGAGCUGCCUCCCGAGAGGAGACCGGCUCUGGCUCUGAGGAUGAUGCGGAUGCUCAGAAAAUACACGUUCCUGCUGCAGUUGGCGCCACAGAACUGCAGGCCGCGGUUGUAAAACAAACAGGUGGGCUCUGUCUUCUCGGCGCAUACACAGACAGCGAUGAUGAAGAUGCCGGCUCUUCCAACGGGACCCCUGCCGUGGUAUCUGCGGCAAAGACCAACGCUCCUGCUGACAUCGACAGUACCUUGGCCAAUUUCUUGGCGGAGAUCGAUGCCAUCACUGCUCCUUCCUCAGCCGAUGGCGGCGGUGCCGUCUCUUCUGCAGCGCCUCCCCCCACGCCACCGAAACCAGAUCCGAAAGGCGGUCAUUCUGUGUACCCUGCGGCACAAAACGGUGGCGGUGUGUCCGUGGCAGGGGACGCCUGGAGAUAUGAUACCCAGUGUUCUCUGACCGGAGUUGGAGUCGAGAUGGGGGACUGGCAAGAAGUGUGGGAUGAGAACACCGGCUGUUACUACUAUUGGAAUACUCAGACAAAUGAAGUUACAUGGGAGCUGCCCCAAGAUCUGGCUACCCAGGUUCAGGGGGCUCAGGGGUAUGCAAACAGCACCGCAACAGUGGAGGCUGCGGUCACAGCCGAGUCCUUCCCUGAGGUCAAAGAAGCAGUGUCUGGCGUGACCCACCGCACCUUACCAUUGGUUUCCAAGAAAGAAGUUAAGAAGGAGCUGAAUGAAGCAAUCCAGGCUAUUUCCAACAAGGAAGAAGAGAAGGUGGGGGUCGCUGCCUCGCUGCUCGCCCCGCUUUUACCCGAAGCUGUGAAGGAGGAGGAGGAACGCUGGCGUAGGAGGGUCAUAUGUAAAGAUGACGUGGCGGACCCCGCUUCCGAAGAAGAUGACAACAUGGCUGCCGUGUGUACCGAUAGUGUAACGCCUGCUUGCGCGGAUGACGGGCAAGAUGAUGUGUGCAGCACGGUACAGUCCGGAGAGAGUGAGGAGGAGAUGGAGGAGCGAGACACAUUGGAGCUAGAAAUGGUGUUGGAAAGGAAAAAAGCUGAGCUUCGAGCCCUCGAGGAGGGAGACGUCAGCACUGCAGGGUCCAGUCCCCGUUCCGACUUCAGCCAGUCUGACGAAACCCACAAAGCAAAGCCCAUUAAAAGCAAAUGGAAAGUAUUUGUUCCAUCAGCCAGCCCUGAUUCAGCAAGUCGCAGCUCCUGUAAAACCGGCCAAGAUACUCCCGAGACAGAGCUUGGAGCUGAAGCCGCCGAGUGUCCGGUGCCUGUGAAAGAGCCGGAGAGAGACGAAGCCUCGGUGACAGAUUCGAAAAAACAAAAAGAGGAGGAAGAGGGAGAUCUGAAGUUCGAAAUCGGAGAGCUGGCCAACAGUCUCAUAAGUAAACUAGAGUUCCUCGGCAUCAACAGACAGUCUGUGUCCAAUUUCCAUGUUCUGCUGUUUCAAACGGAGACCCGCAUAUCAGAUUGGAGAGAAGGAGCCUUGAGUGGAAACUACCUGAAACGUAAACUCCAAGACGCAUCAGAACAAAUAAAACAGUAUGAAAUUAACGCCACCCCUAAAGGCUGGUCCUGCCACUGGGACAGGGAUCACAGACGUUAUUUCUAUCUUAAUGAAAGCUCUGGAGCGUCUCAAUGGGAAUUCCCAGAUGUGGACGAGGAAGAGAAUGGGGCCGCAUCCCAAAGCAAAUCUGACGCUGUCUCUAAGCUGACGGAAAGGGAUAAAGUCGAAAGCGCCCCACCUCCUCCUCCUGAACCCCCCGAGUCUGUUCCAGAACCCCCUAAGCCUGCGGCUCCAGCGACUCCAUACUGGGGUCUCCUCCAGCCACCUCUUCCUUUAGAAGUACCUCUGCCGCCACCCCCUCCCCCUCCUGAAUCUCCUCCGCCGCCGCCACCACCUCCUCCUCCCCCCUCGCCGCCGCCACCCCCUCCCCCAGCAGAUGAUGGGGAGAUCCAGGAAGUAGAAAUGGAAGAUGACGAUGGUAGAGAGCCACCAGCUCCUGGGACAGAAGAAAUCCAAGCCAAGUGUCAACCACUGGAGCCAUCCCUCGCCAAGAACAAAGUCGAUCCUUCUGUUUCUGGUAAAGCCUCCAAGAGGAAGGCUACGGAUAUGUUUGCGGAACAGUCCGUUACUAUCGGGAGCUGUCCGGUUCUGUAUACUCAGCAGUCACUGGCAGCCGCACCGGCCAUCGCCGCGAUGAAUGUUCCAGCCAGUUACAUGGGACUUCCGCUCCAGGUUCCUUCUCCUGUAGUCUUGAACGCUUUGGACUAUACCAUUCCAGGCAGCGGUAUGGUGCCCGCCAUGCCUCACAUAAUUCCACACACUCUUCAACAAGCUCCAAUUGUGCCAGAACCAGCCCCAGCUGCAGCUUCAGCGCCACCAGGCAAAGCCACGGAGAAAACCAAAAAGGCCAAGAAAGAAAAGGUUAAAAAGAGUAAGGUGAAAAUGCCCUCGUUGGUACAGAAAUGGCAAAGUAUUCAAAAGGAGCUGGAUGAGGAGGAGCAUUCAAGCUCCAGCGACGAAGACCGAAGUCUGACGAGUCAGAAACGCAUCGAAGAGUGGAAGCUUCAGCAAUUAUCCAGUGGUAUGGCUGGGAAAAAUGCCAACUUCGAGGCUCUCCCUGUGGAUUGGAGAGAGAGACUGAAGAGACGGAAAAUGGCUUCAAGCACGUGACCUCGUGAUGUUUUGUACCUUUAUGUAUUGUAUUAUCUGCAACGGAUUCUGUAAAAACUGCUUCCUCUA